CCACCCUAGCCCCCAGCUCACCGGGCUGGGGUGCUGGGACCAGAAGUGUGGCAGAGAGCCAAGCUUUACAUCAGGCACUGGGAGGGGGACAGGUCCCAGGAGCACUGCCAAGUCCCACCAGUGUCUCCUCCAGCCAUUGGACUCUGGUGCUGAUGCGUGGCUGCCGGUGUGGCUGCCACUGUCCCCACUGAGCAGCUUGGGGAAACUGAGGCACACAAUGGCCGGAGGGGCACUGGGGAAUAGGGCAGGGUGGCAGGGGCUGCAGGUCCCUGCCCUGCACUGCGAGACGGGCAGGCAGCCAGGACCCCCAGGCAUCUGGCGAGGGCUGGAGGCAUGGGAGCAGGAAGGUCAGGGAGAGCGGCUGGGCCCCGCGCCGGGGGAUUAGUGCUGUCCUUGCUGUGUCACGCGGCCCCCAGGCUUGUCCCCUGCCUAAUCCCCUCACCCCCGGCAGCUGGUCAGCACUGCUAUGAAAUGGGGACGAGAGGGUCAUAGUGCCCCCACUACCAAAGAAAACGGAGGCACCGAGGUCAGCAGCUUGCUGUGCCACACCAGAGCCGUGCUAUGGCUGUGGUGGUGCAGGCAGGCAGAGGUGCCCACCGGCAGCACUGAGGCAAGAGAUGUCCAAAACACCCAAGUUUGCAGAGCCCUGUGGGAUUUUGAGGUGGGCAGCAGGUGCCUGUGGGGCAGCCCAGCUGCUGCAGCUGAUCCUAGCCCACCAGGUGCCAGGGUGGCAGUGCCAGCACAGCUGGGGUGCCCACUGAGCCCUACCACCUCACCCCUGCCACUCCUUUUCCCGCAGGGUGCCGGCCCUGCAGGCAGCUGGCAAGGCAGGAUGGUGCCAGUGCUGGCACUGUGGGCCUGUCUGGUGCUGGGCACGGCUGGUGGGGAGAGCCCGGCACCAGAGCCGCUGGUGGGCGGCCAGCCCUUCGCUGUGGUGUGGAACAUCCCCACUGGUCGCUGCCAGCGCCGCUUCGGUGUGGUGCUUCCCCUGGGCGACUACGGCAUCGUGGAGAACCUGGAUGGCCACUUUGUCGGCCAGAACAUCACCAUCUUCUACAAGAACAAGUUUGGGCUGUACCCCUACCUGUCGCGGCAGGGUGUGCCCCGCAAUGGGGGCAUCCCUCAGCGGGUCCCCCUCAGCGCCCACCUCGCCAGGGCAGCUGGGGACAUCCACCUCCUCCUGCGCCCCCCCUUCCACGGCCUGGCCGUGGUGGACUGGGAGGAGUGGAGGCCCCUCUGGGCCCAAAACUGGGGGGCCAAGAAGAUCUAUCGGGCAGCCUCAGAGCAGUGGGUGCAGGACCGGCAUGGCUUCCUGCCGACACGGCAGCGACUCCAGCUGGCCCGGUGGGAGUUCGAGCGGGCGGCACAGACUCUGAUGAAGGAGACACUUCUGCUGGGCCGGACCUUGCACCCAGGGGGGCUCUGGGGUUUCUACCGCUUCCCUGACUGCUUCAAUGGCAACUGGGCCAAGGUGGCCAACUACAGCGGACAGUGCCAGCCAGCGGAGGUGCGGCGCAACAACCAGCUGGGCUGGCUCUGGGCCGCCUCGGCCGCCCUCUACCCCAGCAUCUACCUGCCGCCAGCACUGCCGCCCGCCCUGCGCCGCCGCUUCGUGCACCACCGGCUGCGCGAGGCCCUGCGCGUGGCCACCUUUGGCACCCACAGCCUCCUGCCCGUGGUCGCCUACUCCCGCCUCUCCUUCCGCCGCUCGCCCCGAUUCCUGGAGCUGUCCGUUCACAUCUCUCCCUGGCAGGCUGACCUGGUGCACACCAUCGGGGAGAGUGCGGCGCUGGGUGCAGCUGGACUCGUACUCUGGGGAGACAUGUCAUACUCCCACUCAGCUGAGAGCUGUGCCAGUCUGCGCCACUACCUCGUGUCCACCUUGGGUCCCUAUGUGGCCAACGUGACGGCAGCAGCCCGAGAGUGCAGCUACGGGCAGUGCCAUGGGCAUGGGCGCUGUGUGCGCCGGCAGCCCCACGACUUGGGCAGCCUCUUGCACCUCGGCCCCAGCCCUGGCCCACCGGCCGCUUUCCGCUGCCACUGCUACCGUGGCUGGGCUGGUGAGGACUGUGCCCAGCAGGUCCAGCCUGGCCCUGCCACCCCCUGCAUGCCACCCACCCCUGCUCAUGGCCUUUGUGGGCACAGUGACCUCAUGCCCUCCGACACCUGCCUGCCACGGGACACCUGGGGCUGGUGACCAGGGCUGGGGACCGCUGUGGUCCCCUACCGACUAGCAUUGCUGCCCAUCACUUCCUGUGUUUUUUCUUAAAUAAAUCCUCUUGGCACA